AUGCCCAAGGGGCUCUACUGCGAUGUGGCCACGGCGACCUGCGGCUUCGGCGACAGAAACAUCUCGCCGAUGACCUCUACUGCUACGGCGCCCGAUCUAAGGCAGGGAGGAAUGAGGGGGUGCACUACCUCGUGGCAAACCAGUGCCCACUCUCUCCCUUCUCCACAGCCGGCCGCCGCCGAGCCCUUCUCCACUGGCGGCGGCGGCGAUGGUCGCGCCGCUGACCGUCAAUCACAGCCGGCCGCUGAGCAUGAACUGCAGUCAGCUUCGCCGGUUGCCCCCCCGCAUGGCUUCCUCACGAUCGGGCAAUACUCUGUGCCCUACAGCUCUCCUGUGAAUUCCUCUGCAACCGCCCCCAAAUCAACACCACCGAGAAGUGACUCUUCAAGCUCCUCCAUAUCUGCCUCGUCGAAAUAUAGACUGAUGGAGAAGAAGUCGCCCUCUCCUGUGACUUCUGUUGGAACUGCCACCAAGUCACCCCUACAAGGAAGUGCCUCUGGAAAUGUCAGACCUGUCUCGUCCUCUAAGAAAUGUAGGCUGAGGGAGAAGAAGUCGCCCCCUCGCAGCGGCUCGUCUUCGUUCUCCCCAUCCACACAUUCAUUCAAAACUGCAACGGGGAGCAGACGGUCAAAGAGCGAAUCGAUUUCAAGAAGUUGUUUCUCUUGUCAAAAAUUAUUUAGAAGGUGAUGGUUAUUCCUUGCUUGAUGACAUCUGGGAGAACAAUGAUUUUAAUCUGAAUAUUAACUUUGUCGUUCUUCGGAAACUUAACAGAGAAGUUGCAUACAAGGUGUGCAACGAAAACAACAAAGACUUGUACAAAGGUUGAUAAGAUUGCGUGGCUCACAUUUUGGCACAAGGCUACGAAGCCACAUGAUGGAGCAGAGUGGAAAACCUGGACGCCGAGAUAUUCUGAUACGUGGGCCCAAAAUCAUAGAUUCUUGCUGUUUUUGUUGCACAGCUUGUACAAAGGUUGACAAGAUUGCGUGGCUCACAUUUUGGCACAAGGCUACGAAGCCACAUGAUGGAGCAGAGUGGAAAACCUGGACGCCGAGAUAUUCUGAUACGUGGGCCCAAAAUCAUAGAUUCUUGCUGUUUUUGUUGCACAGCUUGUACAAAGGUUGACAAGAUUGCGUGGCUCACAUUUUGGCACAAGGCUACGAAGCCACAUGAUGGAGCAGAGUGGAAAACCUGGACGCCGAGAUAUUCUGAUACGUGGGCCCAAAAUCAUAGAUUCUUGCGCCAGUUAUGUUUCCAUGGCUACUGCUACACUAAGCUAUCAGGUGGCAUUCAGAGUGCGAUUAAGACUGAUGAAACUAAACUGCAUGCUGCAACCCAGUUACCCAAGUUCCUUCCUGAGUUCAUAAAGCACCCGUUGAAGAAACGCAAGAUGACAAAAGAGUUCAUGAUGUUCUGGGUAACAUAUCGCAAGGUGCUGUGAAGUAGUAAUUCUACCACUCGACUUCCAAUUCUGGUUUCAUAUAUCUCCUGUUGAAGAAAUGCAGAACACGUUUGUUUUUGAGCUAGCUCCUAAUUUAGUGAAGAACUUUUUGAGGCAACACAUGAACUUAUGAUAAGCUGUGACUAGUAAAUUCUGUAGCCCUUGCAUUUGUAUCUGAUUGUCUGAAGUUGUGUUGAGAUCCUCAUGUGACUUCCUUUGGUACUGGUUAUGUAAUGAAUCUUUCUAUGGUUCCCAUGGUCUACUAGCUGCAUGUGGGUGACCACUUAGUAAUGUACCCUCAACCGCUGAGAAGAAAUUUCUACCUUUUGCUUA